AUGAAGUGUGGCUCUCCACAGAUAAGGACGGUUGAUCGUUCUUUGAGGGUCGUUGGAGGGUCAGAGGUGUCUUACGGUUCUCACCCAUGGCUGGUAUCUCUGAGGUUCAGGGGUUCUCAUUUCUGCGGAGCUGCCAUCCUUGCUGACCGCUGGCUCCUGACUGCAGCUCACUGCUUCUCAGAUUCCUCAGAGGAUUUCCUGUGCAGCGUGGAGGCCGUGGUGGGCGAGCAUGACCAGAGGGUGAUGGACCGAGGGGAACGGAGGUUUCGGGUGAAGAGCGUAAAGCUUCAUGAGCAGUACCAACCCACCGUUCCCAUGAGCUACGACAUCGCUCUACUGGAGCUUCAGGGAACCAUCCAAUUCAGUGAAUUCGUCCAGCCGGCAUGUCUUCCUCUUCCCGGUGAGAUCUUUCCUCCAAAGACCACGUGUCUCGUUGCUGGAUGGGGACGGACAAAAGAGAGGGGUCCCUUAACUCCAGUUCUUCAUGAGGUGGAGUUGGAUCUGGUGGAGUCAGCUGUGUGCCAGCACGUCCUGCAGAUGCUUAGACUGGGACAAGAGCACUUCACAGUGCUGUGUGCUGGACCAGAGGAAGGAGGGAAAGACGCCUGCCAGGGGGACUCGGGUGGUCCUCUGCUUUGCCCCCGGGCAGAUGGACAGUGGGUGGUGGCUGGAGUCACUUCUUGGGGAAAAGGGUGCGGCCGCAGCUGGAUCAACAACAGGAUGAAACCUCGGACUGCACAAGGCUCACCUGCAGUGUUUACUAAUGUCCCACUGUUCCUCAAGUGGCUGCUCAGAAAAGGAACAGCAGGCUCCCAGUGCAGUGUGGGAGACGGAGUUCUAACAGGCUCUGAUGUCAUCAUCCGAAACCCAGCUCAUCCCGGCCUGAACUACAGCAAUAACGAGGUGUGUUCCUGGUUCAUCAGUGUGCCAGAAGGCAAAAACAUCCUUCUGGAAUUCCUGGAGUUUGACCUGGAGAACGACUCUCUGUGCUACAGUGACCACCUCACUGUGUUUGCUGAUGAAAGCAUGCCUCUAGGCCAUUUCUGUGGCAGUGUGCCCCCUCCUCCGCUGCUCAUCCCCUCCAGCACUUCCACGGUCCAGUUCAUGUCCGAUUUCAGCAUAACAGGGUCUGGCUUCUCUGUCCGGUUCCGAGCCGUGGAGGUUGACUACACUUUGGGGCCGGGCUGCGGCACAGUGGCACAGUUUGAAUCCCAGGGGGUCCUGCAGAGCCCUAACUACCCCCAGCGCUAUGGCAACAGCACCCAGUGCCGCUGGAUCAUCCACGCCCCGCAGGGUCACAUCGUCAAGCUUGAGUUUGUUGACUUUGACCUGGAGCACUCAGAGAGGUGUGAGUACGACUCGCUGGCUGUGUUUGGGGACACUGAAGCAAGAGAGGAAAUCGUGGUGCUGUGUGGUCAUGGCGUCCCUCCCCCCGUAUUGAGCUAUAGUCGUGUGAUGCUGGUGCAGUUCCGCAGUGACAGCAGUGUGUCUGCCCGAGGCUUCAAUGCGACACUCUCAUUUAUCAGCAAAACAGAAGUCUAUCUCCUCCUUAAAUUCCCCCCUGUGUUACUCCGCCUGCUUCACUAUUGCAUGAGGCAGUGGGGUGAUUCCACUCACCGCUAUAGGCACAGCUCCCUCACAGCCUGCUCAUUUGAAUAA